UCAAGGCGAUGCCACAAUGCAGGGCAUCGUGAAUAAAUACAACCAAGUAUUAGCGGAUUCCCGCGUCCUUGAUGGCUUUCACCCCGCGCCAAACUUGGUCUACCUCUGGCCGCCAGCGCUCCGAGCCUACCGCCGCAUUCAUCGCAACAUGACCACGAUCAAGAAAACAAUCUCGGACGAGGUGGAAGAACACAAGAAAAACCUGCCAUUGUCUGGGGAACCAAAUGAUUACAUCGACGCCUAUCUCAUGGAAUUGGAGGAACUGAAGCGACGAGGGGAGAUGGAUCACUAUCUCUCUGAAUCAGGAUUGCGGGAGAACGUCGUGGACUUGUUCAUAGUAGGAAACGACACGACUGCACACUCCAUCCGUUGGUGCGUCCUGUUUCUCCUCUGUCACCCACAAAUUCAGGAGAAACUUCAGGUUGAAGUUGACAACGUUGUAGGUUCCGACCGAACGCCUUCGCUCAAGGACCGAAACAGAAUGCCCUACGCGCAAGCCUUCACCAUGGAGGUGCUGCGCUUGUCGCACCUGGGCCCCUUAGGAGUGCCUCACGAGUCUACGGAAGACGCAGACAUCGCCGGAUAUCGAUUUCCAAAGGGAACGACAUUCGUAGCAAACGUUUGGUGGUGUCACAUGAAUCCCAAGUUCUGGCCCGAUCCCGAAAAGUUUGAACCUGAAAGAUUCCUCAAUCCAGAUGGAUCCGUGAAGACAAAAGUCCCCAGCUUCCUUCCGUUCUCCCUCGGGAAGCGCCAGUGCAUCGGCGAGUCAUUGGCUCUGAUGGAACUCUUCUUGUUCAUUGCCAUCUUCAUGCAGAAAUUCACAUUUCGCACCACGACCGGACUUCCUCAUCCCAAAGCCGAGGGCGUAGACAGCAUCACCAUAAAACCUCCAAAACCCUUUCAAUUCCUUGUCGAGGAAAGAAAACAUUAACGCAAUGUCAUUCAUCAUGAUUUUCAGCAUUAUUUUCUUGACACAUCCC